GAGACGAACGGAUUUUUACAGACGGAUUACGAACAACGGGUGAUCAGAAAAUCAUGUAUCUCAGAUUUCACAACAAGAAAACGUUUCUUCAACUGCCAAUCCGAAUUCAUCUACCUUUUUUAAUGCAUCAAGUAACAUAUUUGGUAAAGUAAUUUAGUAAGAGAACUAACGGUGAGUGUUUGAUUUUAAGUAUUACGCUUUCCAGUGAUCAUCAGGGCGCAAGUGUUAUUGAUUUCAUAUCUAUAUGGAACAACGUUUAACUAUUACCCCAUUUCAGUAACAGUGAGUGUUUACUUUCAAAUCUUCCAGUGAUUAACAGUAUGUAAAUAGUUGUAUCAAUUUUAAUUUUAUCUGGAUCAACAAUUAAACCACUGUUUUUGCCGCAUUUUAGCCGUGCACACGCCAUUUGUAUUAUUUAGCUGAACUUGUUUUGUUUGUUUUUGUUUUGACAUACACUUAUUACUGUUUAUUAUCCCAAGGUAAUUUUCCAUCAUUAAAAUGUUGAGGGCUAAGCAGUCGAAAAGGAAGUCCACAUUACCCUAUGCAAGGACCCGUCCCGACAGCGAUAUAGAUGAACAAAAAGAUCGAAAACGGAUAUGGCUGUUGUGUGAAUUGCUUAAGUGAUCUAGAAGACAGGAUCUGAACUGGAACCAGGGUAGAGGUCAAUGCCGAACUAAUCAGCAAGUUGGUCCUUUUAGUUACUGAUAACAUCUGCAUGACUGAGCAAAAGUGAUUGUUUACAUAAAAUAUACAAAUGCUCAGAAACAUAUACAUGCAAUAUAGUCUAGGACCUUAAGAUGAACAUACUGUACACCUGCAGUGAGUGAGGGCAUGAUAAAAGUACUUAUUGCACAUCUACAGGACACCACCAUCUUCCAAAAGAUUAUUUGGCUACUGCGUAAAUUGUGAGAGGAGUUCUGGUCAUCAGGGUUUUUAUUUCUUUUCUUUUUCAGAUCCUAAAUAAUUUCGGCCCCAGGAUGAAAAGGAAAAUUCUUAAACCUUAUUGCACAUCUCCAGGACCUCAGAAAUAAUUUUCCACGGACCAGGGUGACAACAAAAUACCAGAACGUUUUAGGGAUAUGCGGGUAUAGAAGAGACAGCAAAAUAUAUUAAAACAACAACAUUCAUGGAUUUCCAGAAUUAGAAUAACUUAUUCAGAUUCUCUUUUGGGGGUUAAGUUGGACAGCAAUUUUAUAAUUUAUCAUAUUUGAAGAUGACAACUAAAUGUAUGUUUCGAUAAGUAAAAUGAAUACAUUUUAUCGUAUAGAAUGUAGUUUAUUCCAUUCAUUUCGAAAGAAAAAGAUAGAGUUCAGAAGGUGUAAUAUAUUUCAACUUUUGGAGAUCAAGUCGCUUAUUUUGUAGGAAUUUUAUAUUCGUAUUUAUUAUAUGCAAACUACGCCAAAGUAAUUCAUCCAAUUUUUUGUUUUUGUUAAAUGUAUCACGCGGCUUUUGUUCACUUGUCGCGUCAGUGUAAUACAUGCAUACAUCUGCAAUAUAUCGACCUGACCUAGAUUAGAGGUGAAAUUAAAGUAGGUUGCGGCACUGAUGUGAUAACAAGCACUAACAGUAUCCAGAACAGAACAGAAUAACAGAUUAUUUGCAGUUGAUAGCAUUUGUAUGCAAUCGUCACAUCCAGUGAGUGUGUACCAUAGAGUAGUCCAUUCACUAGACACCCGUCUUCUGUGACAGUAGAUUUACAGUGACUUCUGCCUAGACAACUAACAUGUCGUCCCCUGGAACUCCCCGAGAUCUGAAGCAGAUGGUGAGAGACGGACUGAGUACCCUUCUCUUUUGUUUCGGUUACAAAACAGGGAUAAUCGAUGCCUUCAUCGAAAUACAACAACCUUGUACAGCAGAGGAACUCAGUCAAAAGUCAGGGAAAAAGUUACGAUACUUACAAGAAUGGCUCAGUGGUAUGAUAGGAGCAGGAAUCGUCAAACUCCACGAUGACGGAAAAUACUCACUUCCGUACGACGAAGCUAUAUUACGACAAUGGGGUCACAAUUCCACCGUCAUUCCAAUUUUCUAUGAGCAAUUUGAAAAACUGGAAAAUGUUAUGGAAAAAGAUGGACCGAAUGGAUAUGGAUAUUACGGACCAUUUCUCAAGUGGUUGGACAUAUACCGCUCGCCAGAUUUUUUCCGCGACUGGAACAAAACGUUACUAGUCCCCGUGUUGGAACUAAAGCAAGAGAAGGAUUUCACGUUGUUGGAUAUUGGGUGUGGUUAUGGGAAACAUGCCAGGGAGGUGGCCAAAAUGUACCCCAGCUGUACAAUAUACGGUAUCGACUCCGACCAAUUCUCCAUAGACCAAGCCAAGAUGGAACUUGCAAAAGGUGGCCCGCAGAACAUCCAGUAUAGUUGCAGAAAAGGUUCGGACCUUCCACCAGAAUGGACAGACAAAUUUGUUUUCGUCCUCAUGAACGAUGUACUCCAUGAUGCAUACGGCUUGGAUGAUAUUUUGAGAGAGUUCAAGAGAGUUCUGAAACCAGAUGGUUACGGAGCAGUGUAUGACCCGCCGGUGUCCUCUUACCCCGAAAAACAAGCUAACGACAAAGUAGCACAAUUCUUUAUGCCGAUCAGCCUUUUUUCGUGUCUUCCAGUGAGUUCUUCGGGUGAAGCUGGAAAUGGUUAUGGCAUCGGUUGGGGAUACGAGCGUCGUAAACAGAAGAUAGAGGAACAUGGGUUCAAAGUGAUCAAGAUUAAAGACAACAACAUUGACAAAGUACAAGAGGGCAUUGUCUUCCAAAAGUAGAGGCUUCACAAAUUUAAAAUCAUUAUUGUAGCUAAUACUCUUGAAAUGAAACGCAUAGCAUGACCUUACCUAAACCGAACCUUUAGCUUCCUAUGUAGAUUGAUACAGUGCCAUAACUGUAAUAAACAGUGCCAUACGUGUUA